AUGUUCCUGUCUUUUGCCCUUCUGUCCCUCCUGGCGCCGGCUGCCAUCGAGGCUGCCGUCGGCAGAACUCCACCAUGCGCCGUCCAGGCUCCCAAGAAGGAGUUCCUCGACACCCUGCACGGGUUCCGCGUCCAGGAGGCAAACGCCACUGCCAUGGCACUGGUUGGGCGCGCUCAGGCCCAGGUCAACACCUACGUCCAUAUCAUUGCCGAAGACCGGACUUACCAGGGUGGCUACGUGGAUAAAAACACUAUUGAUGCGCAAAUCAAGAUGCUCAACUCCAACUUUGCAUCGACCGGCUUCUCAUUCGUCCUUCGUGACGUCGACUACACCGUCGAUCCUUACUACGCCCGGCUCAGGAGCUACGAUGAUGAGUGGUACCUGAAGAAAUCGCUCCGCAAGGGCGAGUACAAGGACCUCAACUUGUACUACUUUGUGAGCAUGUUCACGCGUAACACGGGGUGGUGCUGGUACCCCACCGACGUCAACAACGGCGACAGCAACUUCAUUCGUGACGGCUGCGUCAUGCACGUCGGAACCAUGCCUGGAGGUUCUUACUCGCCCUGGAACCAAGGCAAGCUCACCUCUCAUGAAGUUGGCCACUGGAUGGGACUGCUCCACACCUUUGAGGGUGGCUGCGGCGGCGGAGACUACGUUGAUGACACUCCUGCUGAGUCCUCUGCUGCUUACGGUUGCCCUACUGGCCGUGACACUUGCAGCCAGCCCGGACAGGACCCCAUCCACAACUUCAUGGACUACAGUGACAACGCUUGCCAAAGCGAGUUCACCACCGGCCAGAUCAACCGUAUGUGGAGCUGGUGGAACUACUACCGGGCAUAG